AUGAAUCUAAAUGCAUCAAUUAGCCGUAACUCAGUAGACUUGGAUUCAACACUAAUAAAUACAAGUAUUGGUGCACCAACACCAAAAAAUGUGCCAUCGGAGACGACAACAACAAAAACACCAGUGUCAGGAACACAUUUAAUCAUGCCUGAAUGGGUACAUUGUGAACUAUGUAAAAGACGUGAAAAUAACGGCUCUCACAAUACUCGAUUACCACUUGGCUAUUGUCAUCCAUGUGGCCAUAUUAUCUGUCGAGAUUGUGCUAUGCAUAAUACGAACGGUCAAACUUUACAUGUAACUGAAGCACAAGUGCGCGAACAAAUUUAUAAACUUUAUUCUAAUAUGUAUAAACAAUUAUUUGACGUAUUUGACUAUCAAGAUGCAAAAUGGAAUCAAUUAAUGAUGCAUAGAAGUGAAUAUCUGAGACAAAUGAAUAAAAUGAAAAAAGGAAUGAUUGAAUUAGAUGAAACAAGACGUAUCAAUAAAGAAUUAUUAAAGAUUUGUCAAGGACAAGAACAAGAUCAUGCUCGCCAUCAAGAUGCUAUUCGACAACAUCCAUCAACAAUACGACCAUCAUCAGUCGCUUCAUCAACAUCAUUAAAUUUUGGACCUCAACAACGGCAACAGAUAAAUCAGAAUUCUUCGUCAGUGAUUAAACCGAUGGUUAUAGGACGAUCACCCAGUGCUCAACAUCAACAUGUGUCUACACCAGAACCUGAUAAAUUAAUGACAUAUGAACAAGCAAUGGUUUAUGCACAUCCAGCAUUGAAAGAUGCUUUACGUUUAGCUCAUCGACGUAAAAUGUCCUCGAAAAAUAGUGAAACUAUAACGUCAAAAUAG